CAAGAUGGCCGAGUUGGUCUAAGGCGCCAGUUUCAGGUACUGGUCCGAAAGGGCGUGGGUUCAAAUCCCACUCUUGACAAAUUAUUUUUUCUACCCAAUUUACCCAAAUGGAAGUUAUUGAACGGUUCUCUUUUUUGUCAUGGGUCGGAAUAGGCUUGGGCCUGAGUCUUGACAACUCAGCCAUGGUUCAGCCGAAGAGCGGGUUUUGGCGCCGUACAGUACAGAUGGGAGAAUCGGGUUUCCGGCUGCUCCUCGCAGGUCCAAUGGUUUACGGAUGCUUGUACUGCGCUCGCUCCUAUGAACAAACCCUUUCCACCUUGAAUUUCGCUGAUUCAAAGACCUUGAAGGAAGAGAAGAGGGAGGAACUGUUUGAAAGUCUCAAAGCUGACGAAUCAAUUAGAUGGGCUGUCGAUGUCAUUGAUCCGAGAGAGCUCUCCGCGAAAAUGCUCAGGAAGCAUAAGAUAAAUCUGAAUGAAAUAUCACAUGACUCUGCAAGUGGCCUUGUCAAGAGAGUACUUAACAUGGGAGUCCUUUUAGCAGAGGUCUAUGUUGAUACGGUUGGAGAUCCAGAGAAAUAUAGAGUGAAACUGUCUGAAAGAUUUCCAUCCAUCAAAUUCGUGGUGGCGAAGAAGGCUGAUAGUCUCUACCCGGUUGUGAGUGGAGCCGGCAUAGUUGCCAAGGUCACUAGAGAUAGAUCCCUGAGAGAAUGGGUGCUUGAUGAAACAUACGAAGACAUUGGCAGGAAAUUUGGUUCUGGGUACCCUGGAGACCCGGAUACCAAGGCAUGGUUGGAGCAACACAAACACAGAGUGUUUGGCUUCCCAACAUUAGUUCGUUUCAGUUGGGCCACAUGUAAUUCCUACUUCAAAGAUGGUGUAGAAGUCUUGUGGGAGGCUGACAGGGAUGAAGAUGAUAUUGGCAACAGCAAUGGCAGACGACAAUUGAAGUUGAGCAACUUUGGAGUGACAACCUCCAAAAAGAAGAAGGAAGAAGAAGUUGAAUCAAGUGGUAAAGGGCGUUGCAAAUUUUUCGAGACUAGGCAACUUGAACAACUUGCUGAUUUCUAACGUUAGUUUCUUUACUUUACUGUCUUGAAUUAUAAUGCUACACUUCUACAUUCCGAACCCUUUGUCAUUGUAAAUAAUAUUGAUGAACAUCC